AUGAAUCGAAGCAGCUAUGAAAAGACUCCUAAUCAAAAAAUCUCAGGACCAGAUGCUUUCAGUGAAGAAUUUUACCAGAAAUUCAAAGAAGAGCUAAUACCAGUACACCUCAAAUUGUUCCUGGGUAAAAUGGGUCAAUUUGUCACCAUUUGCAGAUGGGAAAAGGAAAAGUUGAUCAACGAAGAUGCUCAGACCUCAAGCUCUUCAUGCCGGCAGGAAAUAAACACCACAACAAAUGAUGAAGAAAGUUUAAUCAGUGAAAUUGGGGGAAAAUACAAUCAAGAACAUUUUGCUUUGACACUUCCCAAAACAUCUCUGCCAGGUAUAAAGAAGAGAUCAGGAUCUUCAGAAUUAAAAGUGCCAGUUCCUGUAAGUAUAGAAAAGCAGAAGAACAUUGAGAAAGGCCAGAAACCAACUAUUGCAUGGAUAAACCAAUGUUUCAGAGAACUUUUCCUAAGGCCACCCUUUUCCCUAGCUUUCAUUACACAGGCUCCAUUCAAAUAUCUUUAUAAUCAUGAAAACUUUUAUAUAAAUGCAGAAACUAGAAAGUCCAAAGAUAAUAAAAGAAAAUCAACCUUGAAGAAAAAAUUCAAGGAAAAACUAACCUCAUAUGCAAUACAUCUGGAAUUCAAGAAAAUGAUAACUGAUGGUAAACCUGAAAUAAUCAACCCAGAAAAAAAUUCAUCAAAAUCGUCACAUGAAAGUGAACUAGUUGAAAAGUCAAAUGCCACUUCAGAAACAAAUCUAGAAUCCAAAAACUCCAAGAUAACCAUGAACAUAUAUUCAAGAAAUGAUAAAGAAUGUUUAAUGAAUUUCAAGAAGACCAAUGAUGAAGCUUUAUUUUGGAAGGAGUAUCCAUACACAGACUCCAAGAAGAGCUCUGAGGAAUUUUUUUUUGAUGACAGAUCACAGUGCAUAAGUAGCUCAUAUGCGGACUUAAUGUUGUUUCUCGAUGACUUUAAAGUUGAAUCCACAGAGUUUGAUGAAUGGUCAACAAAUUGCUCACAGAACAAUGCAAAGAAGCCUUCAAAGAAGAGUGGAAAGAAGGAAAAGGACUCUGAUCCUGAUUCUGGAGACUCAAAAGAUGUAAAGAAAGAAGGAAAGAAAAAGAGAGAAUCUAGGAAAAAGAUAGAUGCAGAGACUACAGAUGCUGAAUCUGGUGACUCCAAGGGUUCAAAGAAAGAAUCAAGAAAAGAUAAAAAAGAAAGAAGAGAAGUCAAGAAAAGAAAGGACACAGAAUCUACUGAUGUUGAAUCUGGUGACUCCAAGGGUUCAAAGAAAGGAAAGACUAUGGACAGAAAAGGUUCAGAAUACGCUGAUGUUGAAUAUUUAGAGUCAAAGGGUCUAAAAAAGGAAAAGAAACAUCCAAAGAAAGAUGAUAAGAAGGAUGCAUUGUAUACCGAUUCUGAAUCAGAUGUAGAGUCAAAGAAGCGCAGGAAAGAUGAAAAGAAGGAAACUAAGGGGAGCAGGAGGAAGCCUAUUAAAGAUACAAAGUCUACUGAUGCUGAUUCUGAAUCUGAGGGUGAUACAUCGGCAAAGAAAGGUGAAAAGAGAGACAAGAAAAUUACAAAGAAAGGAGAAAAGAAGGAUGCAAAGAAGACUGUAGAGUCUACUGCAAGUGAGUCUGAAACUGAAGUUAAGAAGGAAAAGAAAGAGGCCAUGAAGAACAUAGGUAAUUAUACUGACUCGGCAUCUGAUGUAUCUUCCAAGUCAGGCAUAAGAAGAGUUGUAAAGCUCUCAGAUACUGAAUCUGAAGGGUCAACAGGGGUUAAAGUUAUAAAAACGACUGAUGAUUCAGAUGCCACAUCCACAGACUCAAAGAAGGGAACAUCAGAACUAAGGAAAGGACUCAUAACAUCAUCCAAAAAGACUACUUUCAGAGAAAGGGGAAAAAGAAACGUGGGUAGUAGAAUCCCUGCAUCAAGAGAAAGACUACCUUUCCCUCCUUGUGAGCCUCUUCGAGCAUCACCUAAGACCAAACGUGUCUGUCAGUGCAAGGCUCCUCCUCCACCUCCAAAGCCAAGAUAUGCUCCUUUGGUAAGUUUACUGUUUAAUACUUCAGGACAAGUUGGAUUUUGA